CAGCCUGGCGGGUUCCUGGGAGCGGGCAGGCGGCGGCGGCGGCGGCGGCGAGGAGACCGGCACCAGCACUCGCCCAUGGUGCCGCUGGGGAGGCGCGUUGGGAAUUCUUUUAAGUUGUUACCUAGAUCUCAGGGCAAAGGCUGCCAGAGGUGAAAGAGGUGGAUUGGUUCCUGGUCAUGCCCGGUGGAAGGAGGGGACCCAGCCGGCAGCAGCUAAGCCGUUCAGCUUUGCCUUCUCUCCAGACAUUGGUUGGCGGGAACUGUGGCAACGGCACUGGUCUGAGAAACAGGAAUGGUAGUGCUAUCAGCCUCUCUGCUCCUCCUAUCACAGCCUUGAUUACUCCUGAGCCUGUGCGACACUGCAGAAUCCCAGAGCUGCCUGUGGACGGGAACCUUCUGUUUGAAUUCCUUUUCUUCAUCUAUCUGCUGGUGGCCCUUUUUAUUCAGUAUAUUAAUAUCUACAAAACUGUCUGGUGGUAUCCAUACAACCACCCUGCCUCCUGCACAUCAUUGAACUUUCACCUCAUUGAUUACCAUCUGGCAGCAUUUAUCAUAGUGAUGCUAGCACGGAGGCUGGUAUGGGCCCUCAUCUCUGAGGCCUCUCAGGUGGGCACUACAUCAGUGAUUCACUCUAUGGCACUGAUUCUGGCCCGCCUGGUGCUGCUCACCCUGUGUGGAUGGGUGCUCUGCUGGACUCUGGUCAACCUCUUCCGUGGCCAUUCUGUCCUCAAUCUCCUCUUUCUUGGCUACCCGUUUGGUGUCUAUGUGCCCCUGUGCUGCUUCCAUCAAGAUAGCAGAACGCAGCCACUUCCCACAGACUGUGGCUACUUGGUCCAAGACCAGCUGGUAGAUGCUGGUGCCUCAGGAGUGGGCAGCCUUGUCAAGCCGAAGGACUUCGUCUCCCUCCUGAGAGAGUGUUUGAAAGAACAGUUCAACAACUCUGUGCCCAUCCCCACACACAGCUGCCCCCUGUCCCCGGACCUCAUUCGUAACGAGGUGGAGUGCCUGAAAGCAGACUUCAACCGCCGAAUCAAGGAAGUUCUAUUCAAUUCCCUCUUCAGUGCCUACUACGUGGCGUUCCUGCCACUGUGCUUUGUGAAGAGCACCCAGUACUAUGACAUGCGCUGGUCCUGUGAACACCUCAUCAUGGUGUGGAUCAAUGCUUUUGUCAUGCUCACCACACAGCUGCUUCCUCCCAAGUAUUGUGACUCACUACACAGAUCAGCUGCCCACUUGGGCAAAUGGCAGAAGCUGGAACAUGGUUCAUACAGUAAUGCCCCCCAGCACAUCUGGUCUGAGAAUACCAUAUGGCCACCUGGGGUGCUGGUGCGGCACAACCGGUGCCUGUACAGAGCAGUCGGGACUUACAAUGUAGCGGUGCCUUCAGACGUCUCCCAUGCCCGCUUUUAUUUCCUUUUUCACCGUCCAUUACGGCUCCUCAACUUGCUGAUUCUCAUCGAAGGCAGUGUUGUUUGCUAUCAGCUGUACUCCCUGCUUCGUUCAGAAAAGUGGAACCACACACUCUCCAUGGCCCUGAUCCUCUUCUGCAACUACUAUGUCUUAUUUAAACUCCUACGGGACCGGAUAGUAUUGGGAAAGGCAUACUCUUAUCCUCUUAACAGCUAUGGGUUAAAAGCCCAUUAAUCAAUCGAUCUGAGGAAGGGAAGGAUAUUUUCAUACAGUUCUAUUUUUUUUCCUUGCAACUGUUUAUAAAUAUUUAAAAAAUAUUUUAUAUUUUGUAUACUACUGUUUUUUGUGGGUAGGGAAGGGCCAAGUGAUUAAAUGUCGCUUUAUAAACAAGGUGUUAUUUUAUAUAAAGAAAUCGUUGUGUAUAUACUGUAUAUCAACAUAUAUCCAUGUGAAGUGA